UUAGACAAAAUGUUUUCCUGCAGUGGGCAGCAGCAAUUGAAAGUUUGGACUAUGACAGCAGGUCAGACAAGAGCUUUGGCAUGAAGCAAAGGCCCGAUGGUGAUAUUGAGAUUGAUGAGAAAUUUUGGGAGGAGGAUUUUCACAUUCCCACUUGCCAGAAAUGCAAUGGAAUACUCAAGCCUGAUGUAAGAUUUUUUGCUUCUGUGAAAAUUGCAGUCUUCUCUAUGCUACCUUCAAGGAUGCUUAUAUUGCUUAUAAUAAAGUAA